AUGCUUAAAAAUUUAAAAAAAGAAAUAUAUCUAUACUACAUCUCUGACUUUGGUAGAUAGCAAUAUGCUUAUUUAAGAGGCCAACUUUUAUCUUUGCUUUUGAUAGUUAUUUGCAACGUUUAAUCUACUUCUAUUUAGCUUACAAGUAAUCUUCUUGAUAAAAUUGCAAGCGAAAACAUUAAUGAAAGCAACGAUUCGUAGAGCGUUUAUGUGUUCGCAAGUAUUGCUCAUUACUUUAGGAUUUAUCCAUUAAUAGGUGCUAUUUUCGGGUAAUAUUCAGAGAAAAAAAUAUUAUUUGCUUUUAUAAUUAUUGCAGCAAUAUUUAAUAGCCUCAUAUUGCUCUCUUAGAUAUUUAGAUUCUUCUUAUUCAAGUAUAAAUUAACUAAUAAUAAUUUUGCUAAGCUAUUUGACAUUAUCAACAGCUUUAUUUUAAAAGUUUAUGUAUUUGUUUUCUAUUUUCCAUUCAAUACUGCAUGCUUUUAAGCUAUUUUCAGCAGCGAUUCUAGUCUAACUGAGAUUAUAUUUUCGAUAAUCACAUUGCUGAUGACUCUUUUAAUUAGUUUUGUUCAAAAUUGGCAUGACUUUAGUUUCAGUUUUGUUUUAGAUGAUUAUAUGGCUUCAACUGAUACUCACUCGAAAUAACUUGAGCUUAUACUAAAUAUAAUUUUGGUGAUUGCUUUUUCUGCUUCAAAAUAUAUAAACUAAAAUGUAAUAGCAGCCCUUCAUAUAACAUUUGUGUCAACAAAAAUUUCUCUUUAGAUUAUCGAGCUUGUCUAUUAUGAUAACUUGAUUAUAUAGACUCAUUUAUAAUUUAAAUUUAUUCAUGCUUUUAACGCAAUCAUUUUUUGUCUCUCAUUUAAUUUCCCUCAUAUGUUUAAUGGAACUUAGCUACUAGUGUCAAUUCUUUUGACUCUUCCUUUUUCCUAUAUUAUGGCAAAAUAUCUUCUAUUCCAUCGUAUAAGUGACCUUGCUCUAAGAAAAAAGAAUUACACUACUUUAGAACAAAUAAAUUUACAUAUUAGAACUGCUUUCUUUAUGGUUAAACACCUAGAAAUGCAUGAUUACACUGAUCUAAGAAGAUCUGUUCUUUACGAAAGUAUUUAUUAAAAUCAUUAUUAUACCUGCUCAAGGAAAGAUUGUUUUUGUGAGCAAUUAAUCAGAGAAGAUGGUUUCUCUUGGGAGGAGCUUUAAGGAUUUGCAUAUAGGGAUUAGUUCAUCUCUUAGUAUUUCGCACAAAUGUAUUCAGAUUACUUAAACAAAAUCAAAGCAACUAAAUAACAAUAGAUUAAGGAAUACAAUUAGACUUGCUUUAAUUACUUAACAUUUUUGAUUGAAGUUGUUAAUGUUCCAACAAGUGCUCUAGUGGAAGUGGUUUAGAUAUCGAACAUAGAAAAAAAAACAGCUUCAAUUAAAGAUUAAAUGGUGUAUUAAUAAAUUUAUGAUCAUGGUGAAAAAAUAUUUUACAAUUUUUUCAAUAAUCCUACAAUUUACAAUCAAAAGCUCUAACUCAAUAAAGUUUUAGAAUUUGAUUAACUUUUUUUAAAUACGCAACAAAGCUUGAAAUAGAGCUUAAUAUUAUUGAGAGGAAUGCUAAUAAAUCUUUGUAAAGAGCAUGUUGAUAUCUCUAAGAUUAACGAGCAAGUUUUAAAAAUCAAAGAUCUAAAAGAGUAGAUUUAGUAAACUAUUUAAAAAAUGUACAGUUACAAUCCUUACAGUUCUAGAUGCUAAUAACUGGCAGAAAUAUUUUCAAAAUGUUUAGAUUUGCAUAAUAAAAAACCUCAGCAAUAUUAAAAAGAAGCUAUUUAUUGGAAUAGAAAGCAUCAAAACAUGCAAACAAAUAUUGAUAAAGAGGUUCCCAUAUUUUCUUAGGAAGCUUGUGUUGUUUAUAUUUCUUUGAUUUAGCCCAUAGGAAUAAUAAAAAACGCAAGCUAUAGUGUUUAAUCAAUGUUUGGAUAUACUUCUUAAGAAUUAUUGAAUAAAAACUGCAAUGUCUUGAUCCCAGAUUAGCUUAAGCUUGUUCAUGACAAAAUAUUAAAUAGAUUUGUUACAAGUGGAUAAAUGAAUGGCAUAAACGCAGGACAAUUAUAAGUUUUUGGAAUUAAUUAAAAUGGGUUUGCAAUUCCUGUAAAUUUAAGGAUUAGGCUAGACUAAUCUCAAGCUGAUGAUUUCGGAGCUAGCGCAUUUUUUACCUAUCAAAAUAACCAAAGCUCUGAGUUCAUAGUUUUUUCUCAAUAAGGAAACAUUUCUAAUUUUACAAAAAAAAUUUAUGUUGAUUUAUUUUCUGGCAUCAUAUCAGAAGCAGAACUUAAUUUAUGCCAAAGAUUAGAUUUAUUUAAGAUUUUACCUAUACUAUAGAAUCAUUUCUAACAAAUGAGUAAAGGCUAAACUUUAACGAUAGAACAUAACUCAAUCUUAAUAAGUCCUAUAAAUGAGAAGGGUUUUAAAGCUUUAUGCUACUAAUCCAAUAAACCUUUUAAUAGUAUUUAUGAUUUUUUAUCCCUAUGUAAAAAGCUUAAUAAUAAAGAUUUCAAAUUUCAUUCAGUUACAUUUAAAGCUGGAAAACUGCAAACAUCCUACAAAGGCUUUGGAUUAGGGUAUAUUUAAGUAGAUAAUCUGUAGCUUUUAAAGAAAAAAUCAGAAAUAAAAGCCCAUUUAAAAGAUAUUAGCAUCUAAUUUGAUAAAAUCAAAUAGUAUUUAGAGCUAGAUUAGGAUAUUUAAAACCUAAAUAAUAGUACUUCUUUGACGAAUUUACAAGCUGCACCUCAAAAAACGCCAAUAAUAAGCAGCUAGAAUUUAAAAUUGGACUAAAAUGCUGUCAAAAAUAUAUUGUCUCCUAAAGUAGUGACAAAUACAAAAAGGCAGAGCUUUUCUACCCAAACUUCAAGGAAAUCUCUGUUUGGAAUUUAAAAGAAUCUAAGCCCAUUUGACUUUGGAAGCUGUGAAGAUCAUGCAGAGGCUUUAAAUUAAAAAGAGCCAACUCAUAAUUAGUUUACAUUCAAUCAUCUUUUAAAUACAAAUAGAAAGCUUCUGAAUGGUUAGCAAGAUAAAUGUUUAAAUAACCAUGAAAUGUUAACAGAUCAGUCCGUUGAGUAUCAAGCUAAUUUUAUAAGCUCACCAAUGUCUAGUAGAAAUUAUUAUCAGCACAACACUUUAGUUGAAAGUAAACUUUUUUAGUCUAACAACGAAGCAAUAUUUGAAGCAGAGGAAUAAGAUGACUAUUAGGAUAAUCCAGCUGAUAUUUUAGAAAAUAUGUUUAGUACAAAAAGUGAAGUUGAAGAAACUUAAUAAGACAAUUCAUUUAAUUAUGAAGUUCCUUAAAAUUAAACAAAGAAUUUUAACAAAUUAGAUAAGUAUUAAAAAACAUAGUAUAAAUAUUAAAAUAAAGCGGAUUUAUAAAGCUUUUCUUAAAAUUAGAUAGGAAAAUGUUCGAAAAAUAAAAAUAAUACAAAGAAUCAAAGCUAACAGAUGAAUGGAUUGGUAAACAAUGAUUAAAAUUAAUCAAGCUCAGUGAAUAGUACUAUGAGUGAAUUUCAUACAUUAAAAUUAACUCUUCUAAGAGCUAUUUCUAGAAAUCAUAAGAAUAAAGCAUUGAGAUUCCUUUAUUUCACUGGCUUUUUCAAAAUAAUUGUUCUUAUUAUACUUGCUACUUUCUUAUAUACUUACCAAUAUUCCACACUUAAUUACAUUAAUAUACUGAAUUAGAAUUUAGUGAAAGGAUAUGAAAUUAUGAAUGAAUUUGUAUCUAUUAUAGCACAUACAGAAUAUAUCAAAAUGUAUAACAAAGGAAUUAUAUAAAAUACCUUACAGUAGAGUUAGUUACAUGCUGUAUUAGCUGAGCCCUUAGUAAUUUAAUAAUAAUUCAAAGACACUGUGAGUGAUCUUGAGAACUAUGAUAGCGAAACAUGGUAUGGGUAGUAUAUUAGAUCUUAAUAAUAAUAAAUCAUAGUCUUCAAUCAAAGAAAUAUAUCUUCAACAAUGGAUCUAAAAAUGAUCUUCUCAUUCGUUUCUAUGGCUGAAAAUCUUUAUAUGUAUUCACAGUAGUAAACAGAAACUUCUUUGCGCUACAUCCAUUACAAUUAAAAAGAUAACAUUCGGAUUUUUCAAAAUAUGGCAGACUUGUAAAAGUAAGAAAUGGAUAGUGAGAUAAAUACAAUAAAAUCUUUCUAAGUAACAUAGAUAAUUGUUCUUGAAAUUUUUACUCUUCUGAUGGCAAUUUAGGUUAUUCCAAUUUAUUACUAUAUCCAGUAUAAAAAGGAGUAAAUACUUAAACUUUUCUGCACUUUUUAGCCUAAUUAAUUAGUAGAAAGAAUUGAAGCAAUAGAAUAUUAUGCUUCUAAAGAAGUUCUAUCUAAUAAUUAAGAUUAAAUUUUUACUGUAUAAGAUACUCAUAGUAUGAAAAAGAGAACAAUAUCUUCAACAAAUGAGCUAUAAAAGAUGAAUAUUAAGAUGCUUUCAAUAGUUUUAAUAAUUUUUUGUUUCUAUUCAAUUUAUCCAAUAAUCAACUAUACUAUUUCAAAUAAAUUUAUUGACGAAUACAGUUUUACUUCUAAUGAGCUGAGCCUAAUUUACUCAUUUAGAGGUAAAGCUCCACUAAUAUUGGCAUUUAAUUUCCUUAGAUAAACUGCAACGUAUGAAUAGCGUCCUGAUAUUAUUUUAUAAGGGCUAGAUGAGUAGAUAGAAAUUACUUAAAAUUAUAUUUCAAAUACAACAAAUAAGAUUGUUUAAUCAUUGAAAGACUCAUCAAACUAAAAUCUGAUUUAUGAUUAAACUCUUCAUAGAUCAAUUGUUGAAACUUCAAUGAAUUAAGAUAUAUGUAGUCCGUUAUAAAAUUACUAAAAGAAUUACUUAGAUAAUUAAUAUUAAAUAGAUCUAUCAGAUUGUUCAACAAUCUAAAACGGUAUUUGGAACAAAGGAUAUCUUCUUGGUCUCUAAUCUCUUAUUAAUACCUUAAUUGAUUUUUAGCAAUUGUACAAAGUUUCUUAAACAAAUGAUGAAUUUAUUUCUUCUCUUUAAUCUUAUUACAAAGAGUAUAAUGGAGAAUAAUAUAUCAAAGUUUACUAGUACAUCAGAAUCGUACCAUUAUUAAUUGGAAAAUUUAUUAUAGAUGAAACCAAUUAAUUUUUUAAUUUAUACUCUUCAUACUCUUUAGGAAUUUUUUCAUUUAUUGUAAUAGUAGCUUCAAUAACAUUCUUAAUUCUCUGGAAUUUGUAUUAUAGAUAUUUAGUAAACAGCUUUUAUGACACAAGAUAAAUAUAUAACUUAUUCCCAUAUGAAUUCAUUUAUUAAAAUCCUUAUAUGUAUAAUUAUGUAAAAAAAGAGUAUUCUAUUUGA